AUGCCUGUGCUAAACCCUAUGGAGUGGUUAAGGGAGAGCAGGGGGUCGCCACGCCUGGUCCUCGUGGUCGUGUGUGUGGCUUUGCUUCUGGAUAACAUGCUGCUGACUGUCGUGGUUCCCAUCAUCCCUACGUUCCUAUAUGCCAUGGAACAUGAGACGCAGAACCUCUCCUCCUCCACCUCCUCCUUCUCCCCGACUCCCGUGCCAUCCCUGGGCGAGCCCACUUUCUCCUCCGUCAUCUCUCUCUACGACAACACCACCUACAACCUCAAGGUCGCCCGUGGCAACCACAGCCUGGUCGACGGUGGCAUUAACGACAGCCAUGGCAAUAACGUUUCCAACGGUAACAGUGAACUGGAGGAGGGGUCGGGGUGCGAGGAGGACAGCGAGUUUUUGGACAGAGAGAACAUGAGAGUGGGGCUACUCUUUGCCUCUAAGGCUCUGGUGCAACUCUUAGUCAAUCCAUUUGUUGGUCCAUUAACAAACAGGAUUGGAUACCACAUUCCAAUGUUUGCUGGUUUUGUCAUCAUGUUUGUCUCCACAAUAAUGUUUGCUUUCUCGGGGACAUAUGCCUUGCUUUUUUUCGCCCGUUCACUUCAGGGAAUUGGCUCCUCCUUCUCCUCUGUGGCAGGACUAGGGAUGCUGGCCAGUGUAUAUACAGAUGACAGUGAGAGAGGCAUUGCAAUGGGAAUAGCGCUGGGUGGAUUAGCUAUGGGAGUUCUCAUUGGAGCUCCGUUCGGCAGCGUGAUGUAUGAUUUUGUGGGUAAAAGUUCACCGUUCCUUGUCCUGGCUUUCCUCGCGUUGUUUGACGGAGCGCUACAGCUUUGCAUCCUUCAGCCCUCAAAGAUAUCUCCAGGGAGUGUGGAGGGUACACCUCUACUAACCCUGCUCAAAGACCCAUACAUACUAAUCAGUGCAGGGUCUCUGUGCUUUGCUAACAUGGGAGUCGCCAUUUUAGAGCCAACUCUACCUAUAUGGAUGAUGCAGACUAUGUGUCCACCAAAAUGGCAGUUGGGUAUGGCUUUUCUGCCCGCCAGUGUGUCUUACCUCAUUGGGACCAAUCUGUUUGGAGUACUGGCCAACAAAAUGGGAAGGUGGCUGUGCUCUAUGAUUGGCAUGUUUAUCGUUGGCAUCAGCCUGAUCUGUGUUCCCUUUGCCAAAAACAUAUACGGUCUUAUCGGCCCAAAUGGAGGACUCGGCUUCGCCAUUGGAAUGGUGGAUUCGUCCAUGAUGGCCAUAAUGGGAUAUUUGGUGGAUAUCCGACAUGCCUCCGUCUAUGGGAGUGUCUAUGCCAUCGCUGACGUCGCUUUGUGCUUGGGGUUUGCCAUUGGCCCGUCUGCAGGGGGCGCAAUCGUGCGUGCCAUCGGGUUUCCCUACCUUAUGGUCUUGAUUGGCAUCAUUAACAUUGCAUAUGCCCCUCUGUGCUACUUCCUUAAGAGCCCCGCUGUCAGAGAGGAGAAGAUGGCUAUCAUUAACCAGGAAUGCCCCAUGCAUGUGAAGAACUACAACACACAAAGGCAGCAUCGGGAGUUCCCACUGAGCGAUAACAGUGAUGAGGAGACAGAAGAAUGA